UCAAAACCGCAUGAUCCUUAGUUUUUUAACAACUCGAUCGAAUUCGUUCAUUUUCUCUUAAUGUUGGUAAGUUAGUAUUACAUGUGUUUUAAGUGGUGCCCUACUGUAUGCUAGUGCCUCUUCAGGGGCUGUUUUAGUAAAAAAAUACAUUAUUUGUUUUUGUGUGUAGCUUAAUCUAGUCCUCGAUGUCGGGUGUUUGUGUAUGUUUAUAGUGCUUUUGUCCUGUGUUGGUCGGGUUAGCGGGUCUACUCUCUGUAGUUGCAGGUGGUUUGUUGGUUGGUUCGGGAUCUGAUGAGUCUUGGGGCAUAGGUAGAACUAUUUAUUCCUGAUCUCCUCCCCUGGCAGUGAGCUGUCUUUCACCUGAUUGCCAACGGAAACUCUUCGAGGAUGUCCUGAAACCGCUCCGGGAUAUCCCCCAGGAGCCUGGCAGGGCGAAAUGGGAGCUUUUUCCUGGGGAUCCUCCUUGGGCCCCUACGGAGAGUCCAGGGGAUGGCCAGUGUUGCUGCUUCUGAUUGUUCUGGUGGUGUAUUUGCCUUGGAGUUCGUGAAAUAGGGGUUAGUUUUACGAUGUUUAAAUCUGUUUAAAAUAUGUUUAAAAUCUGUUUUUCCGUUAUGUAUACUUCGUUGGAGGGGAAUCGGUAAGGUAGGUUGUGUAUGUUUCGUACUAUUCUCCUUUCUGUGGUUAGUAAGCGGUGUGUUAGUCUCGGGGGGAUUGCGCAGUAGAUCAUCGCUUCAUAGUCAGUCCAUGUUCUGUCUUAUGUAGAUCUUGUAGGUGUGUAAUAGUGUCUUGCUGUCGCAACUUCCGAGCUUGCCCCUCAAGGCUUCCAGGAGGUUUGUUCUUUUCCUGACUCUGUCAAUGAUAUUUCUCAGGUCGGCUUCCCAGUGAAGGUAACCCCCAGGUAGGUCACCGAGUCUUGGAGCGGGAGAGGUUCUCCUAGAAACCUGAGGUUCAAGUUGUUGACGUUAAGUUGGGGUCGGUUAACGAUCUAACUAAAAAGUUUCCGACCUAACUCCACACACUUCUUCCAGCGAUGCUCCCAUCUCUUUAACCCGUCCAAAUAGUACUCGGCGUUUUUUCUGCAAAAAUAAUUGUUUACCAAGGUUAUUGCUUCUUCAUUCAACGAAAAUCUCUGUCUCUCGAGCGCAAUCUUUAGAUGAAGAAACAAAAAUAAGUCGCUUGGGGCUGGAUCUGGUGAGUGAGGCAGAUGGUCAAGUAGUUCAAACCGUAAUUCGUGGAUCCUGAUCUGAACUUGCCUAGAGAAUAAUGACACUUGAGCAUUCAUGUAAUGAAAUCAAAUGCAUCUUUAUACAGUGAAUUUCUUAACACGAUAAUUUCAAACACAAAAAAUAUUUUUUUAGUUUCAUAUUGAUGCUUUCUGUUUGCUCAACUUUCACCUCUAGAAUUUUACAUUGUUGACAAAAGAUGAAACUUAUUGUUUUUCAUUCGUACAGACCGAACCAAUGUGCUUCGACUGUUAUAGUUUGUUUGCCAUGCAUAUUUAUCCACCAUCGAAUGAUUAUUGCUAAAAAUAUCACAUAGUAGUUGAUUAAUUUGUCGAGUGUACUGAUUUUUGCACGGAUCGUAACACAUAAUUUCGAAACAAAACAAUGCCUUCAAGAUUAACGUUUUCUGAACCUGGCGAUCCUCUAGUUGUUUUGAGAAUGGAAGAAUUUUCCCUUCCGGAACCUCAACAGAAGGAAGUACUAGUGGAAAUGAAAAUGGCACCUAUCAAUCCUGUAGAUAUCAAUAUGAUACAAGGAAUAUAUCCAAUUAAAAUUGAUGUUCCAGGAUUUGAAGGUGUAGCAAGAGUUAUCAAGCUAGGCUCUUGUGUUGAAAAACUGAGAUUGGGAGACCACGUGGUACCUUUAAGCCCUAUUGGCACCUGGCGAACACAUCUUGUAAUUCCAGAGAAGAUUUUAUUCAAAGUUCCCAAGAUGAUGGGAUAUAUUGAAGCGUCAACAAUGAUAGCAAAUCCAUCUACGAUGUAUAGACUGUUGAAAGAUUUUGUAUCAGUGCAAGCUGGAGACACGGUUAUACAAAACGGUGCUAAUUCAUCGUGUGGUGUUUUUGCGAUACAGCUAUGUCGACAUUGGGGUAUUAAUACAGUCAAUAUUGUUCGGAACAGGCCUAAUAUAGAAGUAUUGAAGACUUUUCUCAAAAGUUUAGGAGCCACCUAUGUUUUCACCGAAGAUGAAUUCGCAAAAAUCGAUAUUUUCAAACAGGGGACCCUCAAAAGACCGUUAUUAGCCCUCAAUUGUGUUGGAGGAAGAAGCGCUACUAACCUGAUACGUCAUUUAGCCUUUGAAGGGGUUAUGGUUACCUAUGGAGGUAUGUCCAUGGAGCCAGUUUCUGUAUCCACCUCUGCACUCAUCUCUAGAGGAAUUCGCUUGGAGGGUUUUAAUCUUCUCCCAUGGAGUGUAAACGAAAAAAAUAAUGUUGAGAGAACUAAAAUGUAUAGAGACUUGAUUUCUAUGAUCCUUGAUGGAUCAUUAAAAAUGCCCCCUCAUGUACUUGUGAAGUUUGAAAACUAUAAAGAUGCUUUAAUUGAUGUUGUUUCCAAAGGAGGAAUGGUUGGUAAAAAAUAUUUAUUUGAUUUCAGGUCUUACUCGAGCAAAAUUUGAUUAGGAAAGGGCAAGUUCUAACUGGAUAACAGGGUGAAAAACUGCAAUGUAACAUUAGUUUCAGUUAUGGUCAUUUUUGAAAAAUUUCAGAAGCCGUAUUUGAUAUAAAUUUUUUGAAAAUAAUGUUGAAUAGGAAAUAAGUUUCAUCCCUCAAGUUAAUUUAUCUUUCCUGGAAUAAAUGAUAUUUUUUCCUGCAUUCUGAUGUAACGUAAGUAACA